UGAGGCGAGGCGGCCCGGGCCGCGACCACGGCACACGCGGUUCACGCGGUUCACGCACAGCGUCGCACACAUGGCGUUCGACCUCACGCCGCCACCGCGCCUCGCCAACUGAAUGGGGCGUCGAGCCCCCCGGUGCCAAGGCCCCCGCCAAGGCCCCGCCAAGGCCCACCGAGGCCCCCAAGGAUUACCUCCCUUCUAGUCGCGCCCGCACCGCCCCAGCGCCAUGCUGACCGCGGUGCUCAACCUGGUGGCCUCGGUGGGUGCCGUCGGCGUGCUGGCCGGCGUCGUCUCGGGCAUCAUCUUCCUGGUGGACACGGCGCUGCAGUGGGGCAGCUCACAGAGGACUUCCCUGGAGCCGUGGGCCGACACGACAACGAAGACGACUGUGUAUAGUGCUGCCAACGACGUUGCCAUCGGCACUGCCAACGGAACUGCCAACGGCGUGGUGCACUGUGCUGUCAACGGAACUGCCAACGGCGUGGUACACCGCGCUGCCAACGGAACAGCCAACGGCGCCGUAAACGGACUUGCCAACGGUGCCGUCAACGGACUUGUCAACGGCGUGGUCAACGGCGUCCUUCACAGCGCUGUCAACGGCACUUCCCGGCACCACACUGGAAUAGGGAGGGAGGUGCCCGACGUGUGGUUCCAGCAGGCCGCCGACGCGCCCGCACUCAUCCGGGUGCCGCUGCAGAGCCUGCAGAGCCUGGAGGACUUCCCCAGGGACGACGCGAAGCUGACGUCCGUACGCCGGCCGCGCUCCGGAGCGGGCGAUGGCGAGUCGCAGUGCGACAUGGGGGAGGCCGACGACGUCCCCGAGGUGCUCGGCGUCCGGCAGCUCAUGGAGCGACUCGUCGAGUCCCUGGUGUCCGGCGGCCUGGACGACGUGGCGCUGAGGCCCGCCAACCCCCACCCCCAGUAUGGGCGCAUCUACAAGCGCCACCAGCCGCGGCUGAGGUCCGCGCUCACGUCGCUCGCCUACUCCCUGCAGAUGGCCAUGGCGCAGAAACCGCUGGCCGAGUCCGAGACGCCGGGGCGCGCGCACGCCCAGCUCCGCGCCGUCAUCCUGGACCUGGCCCGCGACGUCGCCAACCUGGACAAGGACGGCGUCGAGGCGAACGGCGUGGUGGACGCCCUGGAGGAGGACUUCACGGCGCGCGCCUACGAGGACAUCCUGGCCACCGCCAUCGUCAACAAGGUGAUGGAGCGCUCCUCCACCAAGAACAAUAAGAAGAUCAACAACAACAACAACAACAACAAUUUUGUCAGUUCCCUGGAGGUUCGCGUGGGCUCGCUGGAGGACUCGCCCGAGAGCUGCACGUCGUCCUACACCGAGUCCUGGACGGGCUCCGGCAGCCACCUGGACCACUCCCUGGAGGACGUGGACUCGGACCCCCUGUCACUCAUGAUCGAGGAGUGCAUCGAGGAGGUGACCACCAUCACGGCCACCUCGUCGUCCUCGGCCUCCUCCUCGGACGAGCGCUCCGAGGGCGACGAGGCCGUGCGCGAGGUGCCCGUCGUACGUCGCCGUCGACGGCGGCGGAGCAGUCGGCGGCGAGGGAGCGCCACGGCGGCCGCCCUGCCCCCGCUGCCGCCGUCCGGGCCGCCCUCGCUCAUCGCGGGGCUGUCCUUCAUGAAGCAGCGGGUGCCCUUCCCCGAGCUCGGCGUCGACAUCGUGGACGCCGACUGGUCCUCCGCCGACUCGGAGCUCUCCGAGGCGUCCGUGCGGCUGCGCAACGGGUCGGACGGCGACUCCGACGCGGAGGGCUGGCGCCCCGCGCCGCGCCCCGAGAAGCCGGACGGCGCCGAGGAUGACGUCAUCAAGGCGGCCGACGGCGACGGCGGCGACGAAGACAGGCCCGCCAGCUGCCUGGAGCUGGUGACGCCGCUGCAGUCCUGGGAGGACAACUGGCUGUUCCAGAGCAAGCGGAUCCGCAAGCCCGCCGCGCAGUACGCCCACCACCCCGUGCCCGUGCCCAUGCUGGUGCCCAACCCCAGCGAGGACUUCCGCGCGCUCAUCGGCGACGUGGACGCCGAGGAGACGUCGGACCUGUCGGAGUGCAGCGACGACGCCCUGGAGGAGGUGGUGCUGGCCGGGAUGGCGCCGAGGAGCGACCAGUUCACCGAGGACCUCGGCCUGUCCGAGGCCAGCCGCGCGCACCUGGGCGGCCUGGCGGAGACCUGCAACCUGGAGCUGCUCCGGAGAGUGGCGCCCUCGCUGUCCACCGCCCCCGUGCCGCGCGCGCACCGCACCGACCGCUCACCCAACCUGGACCAGCCGGGCUCCCCGUCGGACAGGCUGUCGCCCGUCGGUAAGACGCCCUCCAGGACGUCCACGUUGAGCGGCAGGUCGUCGACGCGCUCCCCCGUGGACCUGGCGGGGCGCUGGGCGCGCGACCAGGACGCCGAGCAGACGGUGGUGUACGACACGCCCACGCGACGGGAGGCGCCCGCCAAGCACAAGGCUGCCGCCAAGCACAAGACUGCCGCGAAGGUGGAGGACGCCGCCGUCGCGGCGGCAAACCCAGAACACGUCCAGGACAGCGCCGCGGCCUCGACGCCCUCGACCACCUCGCCGGAGUCACAGCCUGCACCGCCUCGGCCUGAGCCCGUCCAGGAGCCGGUCGAGGUGGUCCAGGAAGUUGCGGUGGUCGCCGACGCCAUGGCCGAGGUCGUUGACGCCGAGCCCGCGGCAGCGGACGAAGCGCCCGCGGUCAACGGCCACGGCAGCCCCGGGGACGCGGACGACGCGGACGACGCGGUGCUGGCGACGCCCCCGCGACCUGGCACCAUCGCGGACCGGGAGCACCGCAAGUGGCAGCAGGCCACGCCCCUGGCCAACAACCCCUACUCCCCGGAGAACAUCCAGCGACGGCUGCAGCAGCGCGCCUCCAGCGCGUCCCUCCGCGGCGCCAUGGAGGCCGUGGGGGCCGUGGGGGCCGUGGGGGUGGGCGCCGAGCUGCCCCCCAACGGCGCUGCCCCCGCCGGCACGGACACCACGCUGCACAUCGCGCUGCGCGUGGACCCGGACCCCAAGAAGUACGGCCGAGACUUCUACAUCAACUCCAACGGCCACGCUGGGUCCGGGUCGUCCGGAACCGGCCUCAGGCGGUCGCAGUCAACGACUGUAGCGGACCGCCGGAGCAGCCUCCUGGACUCCCCGAUCGCACCCUGGUCGUCGGCCGUGCGCACCACCGGGGACGGCGGCUCCGAGGAGUCCUCGUCGCUGUGCAGUCCAGCGAGUCCUUCGGUCCGCGAGCUGGCCAAGCAGUUCCUCAGCCAGCCGCAGGAACAACCCAGCCAGGUCCGCGCCGCCAAGUCCUCGGACGCGCUGGCCAAGGUGGUGAUCGUGGGCAAGGAGGCCGCGGACUCGGCGCCGCCGCUCGCGCAGCACGCCAGGAAGGCCGUCAGGCAGGUGCACAGCUUGACGGCGCGCAGCAUGUCGCGGGAGUUCCGCGAGGGUCUCCGCCACAUCGCCGCCAGCGCGGCGGUGCCGGCGCGCGCCGCCGCCGCCACGUCGCCGAGCACGCCGUCGCCGCCGUCCCCCGCCGACGCGACGCAGGGCCGGCCCGACCCGGAGGGCGCGCGCCAGCCCGCCGACGCCGAGUAGACCGAGCGGCAGGCCGAGUGGCACGACGAAGAAGCAGCUCGCGUCCACGUGUGUCCAGCAGUGUCUAGUUACCAAGCAGUGUGCCGGCCGGAACGACCUGUCGCUACCCCGCGCGUCCGAAGUCUCCCAAGCGAGGAGUAGCGCCGCGUCGAGUAGCCGACGAUACCGCGCCGUCCGGAGUAAUCCCUAAGGCAGGUUGCCAUGCGAAACUUCCCCGGAGAUGCACCUGUGUCGAAAAAGUUCUCUGUCUGCCUGCUGGCAACUUCUCGAAGAGCAAAGCUCUGAAGUUGCCUGGUAGGCAUGCUAGUUGGCAACCCUGUCGAUGCGGGGGCGCCGUCGGAAGUUUUUGCCAACUUGUGGCGGGACUUGUGGUGUGCCAUGUCGGGCGAUGCUGUCCCUCGACGCCUUCCUGCCCGGAUUCCGCUUCAAUGUUUGCCCCGGGGGACACACAGUCAGAGUACAACCAUUAUAGCCUUUGUGCCAAUUCGUUUCAACGCGAGCGUUUCGCGUUUGAUCCGGUUUUCCUUUAUCUUGUAUUUUGUUAGGGUAUGUACAGUUCUUUAUUUGCCUUGGACUGCAUGGCUGCACAGGUCGCAGGGACAAUCAUGCCAUAAAUGCGAGGGGACCCUUGACCCUCGUGAGUUGUUCCUCGACCGUCAUGUAGUUUGCGGACCUCCUGGUCCAGAGCAUGUCCAAUUGUGAUAGUUAGGUAGGGGAGUUAGUGGAAGAUGGGGGAUUUUAUCUUAUUUAUCUUAUCAAGUUGCUAACGCUUCUUUUCGCAAUCUGAAACCAGUGUCAUUAUUUAAGCAGUAUUCCUUCUUUAAUUUUUUUGUGUAUUUUGCCCGUUGCCCUCCGCUACUGUAGAUCCUGAUUGUGCUCAAAGUGUACACUUCUUGUUGAAGAAAUAAAUUGUUUUUGUUUUUCA